ACAAACUCUCCUCAUCAAUACACACCACCACCAUCUCUUAUUUCUCUCUUGCCAAACAUGGCUUUCUCUUCAAACCUCCUAGUUUCCUUUCUCCUCCUUGUGACACUCUUCUCUACUCAAAUUCAAGCUAGAGAUAGCCAAUUCUUUAGCAAAGUCUCACCCACCACAAACAAUGACAAAACUGUGGUCACAGUUCCCAGUACUAGCAAUGAACAACAACAAGCAGCUUUGAACAAACAAGAGCAAGACCCAACUUUCAUUCCAGAGACCCAAAAUGGGUAUGGCCUGUAUGGGCAUGAGUCCACUGAGAAUAUCCAUGCAACCACCACACCCACCACCACCACCACCACUUACACCCCAUACACAACCAGGCCUCAAGAGACCAACAACAAUUACUACAGCAGCAAUGGUUAUGAGUCCCAGCAACAAAAUUUGGGGGAGACAAGGCUCCAAGAAAGUGGUUACACAACCAUGUCCAAUGAAAACAAUAACAACAAUCAGUACUACUACGACAACGGUCGUGGUGGCUACAACAAUGUUCCCAGUUACCAGGAAAACAAUAACAAUUACGACGGUCGUGGUGGGUACAACAGAGUUCCAACACCAGGAGGGGGCACUUAUACCACCACUACCUUGGCCAACCAGAACAACGUCAAUAACAACUACGACGGUCGUAGUGGGUACAACCGUGUUCCAACAGGACCAACACCGGGGGACAGUUACACCACCACCACCUUGACCAACCAGAACAACAAUAACAACAAGUACCAGUCCAACAGUGGUGAGAGACAAGGCAUGAGUGACACAAGGUUUGUGGAGAAUGGAAAGUACUACUAUGAUGUGAACAAUGAGAAAAACUACUAUCCAAACCAAUAUGAGCAGAAUUCAAGGGGAGUGGCUUCAAGGAAUGAACACAACACAGUUGGUGGUUAUUAUGGGAACAAUAAUGAGAACACUAACUCCAUGGAAGGGUACCAGAACAACCAGGUGGAGGAAGAGUUUGAAGAGAAUGAAGAAUUUGAACCUUGAUCAUCAGAGUCAUGAAAUUUCUGGUUUUAGAUCCUAAAUUAUAUAUGCUACUUUAGAUGAAAGCUCAAAGAAUUGAUGAUUAUUAUUCGAAUAUGGGGAGUUUUUUUUUUUUUUUGGGUUAAUUUUAUGAUCUUGUAUUUCUUUUUUGGGUUUGCAAGAAUAUAUACUAGUACUCUUCAUGUUAUGAUCAAAAGAUUAAGAGACAUGCAACUAUAUGUUUAUGAACACUUUGAUUCAAUAAAA